UGGCCAAAUGAAUAAAAUGGUUGCCCACAAAGGUUUCAAAGAGAAUACGGUUAAAACAAAAUAACUCUAUGCACAUUUUCAAAUAGUCCUUCCUUACUCAGAAAGUAAUAGGCGUGAAUGUGGGUGUCAUUCACGAUUUUAAAAAAAAGAUAGUACCAAUAAACAUCUUGAGACUGUCCUUGUUCAUACUUAAAGCCCCACUUCACAACAAGUACUUGUGCACAUUGUGCAAUUAUUGUCAAUAGAGCAAUACUAUAACGUAACAGUUAACCGUUCUACGACGAAACAAUGGGCAGCAUUUGUUUAUGAAAACAAAAUAACAACCCAGUCCGGAAGAGGCACUUUUUGGAAAAAAAUCGUCAAAAAUAACUUUUAGUUCCCACUUAACAUUGUGAAAGAAGAAAAAAGCAUUGCGGCAACUUACGCACAACAUUAUUACGAAACUGUAAGUUCACAAAGAAAUCAAAGGGUUUUUUUUUGCUUGUCUCUUAGCUUUAUUUUUCAGUCUUCUCUCUUCUCUUCUUUUUUUUCCACUAUGCAGCACCCGGCUUGCACUGGCUAAUGGACCAGGUCUAGUCCAGUUUCCCAGGUUUUUCACCCGAGGCUAUGUGCCCUGAUUAUUUAAAUCGCAGCCCCCGCCGCAGCCAACUCACUCGCUUCGCCCGGCGAGCUCAGCUCAGGUAACAGCGGCACCUUUAGAAAAUCCCCAGGCACGGAGAUAAGGAACCAAAGAGCAGGCAGAGCCACAACGAUGAACGCCUUCGUACCGCACAGCUCGCAGCAGUCUCCGGGCCCCAUGCUGCCCACUUCGGGGCAUAGCGCCCACGACCUCCUGGACAUGGUGGUCUACUGCGACAACCUGGGCGGUGGAGGCGGCGGCCACCACCACCAGCCCAACGCGCUGCGUCCUCCCAGCUACCAGUCGUCGAGCUACGGCGACUACUCGCCACCCGCCAGCAACCCGUACCUGUGGCUCAACGGCCCCACGUACGUGGGCAGCAGCCCUCCGUCGUACGUGCAGCCGUGCAACUACGGUGCCAACCAGAGGCAGUUCCUGCCAUCGCAGAGCCCGGGCUACGGGGCGGGAGCCGAGAUGAACCCGUGGCUGUCCUACCAGGGGCAGCAAGACUUCUUCAGGCUGGUGCGGCCACCGUACUCGUACUCGGCACUCAUCGCCAUGGCCAUCCAGCACACGCCGGAGAAGAGGCUGACGCUCAGCCAGAUUUACCAAUACGUGGCCGAGAACUACCCCUUCUACAAGAAGAGCAAGGCCGGCUGGCAGAACUCCAUUCGUCACAACCUCUCGCUCAACGACUGCUUCAAGAAAGUGCCCAGAGAUGACGAUGACCCAGGCAAAGGCAAUUACUGGAUCCUGGAUCCCAACUGCGAGAAGAUGUUCGACAACGGCAACUUCCGAAGGAAGAGGAAGCGCAAGUCUGACAUGUCUCCCAACGGCACCGCGCUGGACAAGGGAGAUGACAUCAAGGCGACGGACAUCACCAAAGACGGCAUGGAGGCCUCCCCCUCUGGCCUCACCAGCUCGCCGGGCUCGGACGGCGAGUCUAAAGCAUCUCCCCAACCUCCCCCGCCGUCGCUCAUCACUUCGUCGCCCUGCUUCAACAACUUCAUGAGCAGCAUGAACUCGAUGGUGCCGAGCUACGACGGGGGCAUGGAUCAUCGCCCGCUCGGUGCCGGGGUGCCCAUGGGAGACGAAGCGUCGCCCAGGAGGCUGCAGCAAGGCCUCUCGUCGGCGCUCACCGCUCCGUACUCGCCGCUGGGACUCGGUCAGUUCUCCCCUCCGGGGGCCGGGGGCAACCAGAGCAUGAUGCCCAUCCCCAGCAUCAUGGACAUCCCUCCGCCGUCGGGCACGUCAGCGCAGCUCCGCAUGGGUUACUUCCAGUCGAGCCCGGCGAGCCAAAGCGUCAGCAACAAUCAAAUAUACAGCUUCAGCGUAAACAAUAUCAUCUACCAGAGAGACGGAACCGAAGUCUAAAAUGGUGCCGAUUUGUUGUGCUGGGGAAUGGAAGAAGAA